AUGUCCGUGGUGCCUUACCGCGCCCGCAUCGUGUACCAUGACCGCGAAAGCCAGAUUUUGGUGGUUCAUAACAACCUGGAGAAUAGCGUGGAACUUUAUGGCAGCCACCAGGGAGAUUCUCACGGAGAGCAAUCCCUGCAUGGAUCCUAUUCCGGCCCGCUUUCGGCGCCCAAACGCCCCUUCUCACUGAGCCCAGACCUUCCCUGUUGCCCCUCGUGUGGGGCUGAUUUGGCGGGCAUUUUCAAUGGAAAUGACGGCCCACAUGGCUUUUCCCGGCCCCGGCGGCCACUGCCUGGCGCCCGCAAUAUGAGUUCUGAGAAGGGCCGCAAGAUGCCUGACUUCUCGCCCUUUUUCGGUGCCCUGGGACCGGCCAAUUUCAUGCAUCAGGACUACUUCCUGUUGCUCGCGGAGCUUCCCUAUGUGCUGCGGCCGGCGGCAAAAGCCCGCACUUUGGAGUCACCGGCAUCGGAUAUGUUCAACCAGGGCUACUUCGAGCGCUUCUUCCGCAAGAUCCCACCUGGCGUCUUGGGGUGCGGGGCACACGCACAGGUGUACAAGGUAGCGCAUGUGCUUCAAGGUAUUGAGCUCGGCGUUUUUGCGGUGAAGCGCAUUGCCGUGGGCGACCACUUGCACUUCCUUGACCAGGUGCUCAAUGAGGUGUUGAUAUUGUACGAGCUUUCAGCCGCGGGCGCUGGCGAGCACAACUUGAUCCGCUACAACCACGUGUGGAUGGAAUACGGCGACCUUCAUGACCUGCCCACGUACAUCUUGGACCCUGACAGAGAUCCCCAUUCUGUGGAUACAGUGCCUUACGUCUUUAUCUUGCAGCAGUACUGCGACGGCGGGCACCUCGAGCACGUGCUCACUUCCAACUUCAUGCGUUUGGAGACAAUGUCCAUGAAGCAGCGGGUCGAUGCCGAGAGGGCACGGCGUAGAGAUAGAAGAGAGGAUCAUGUGCAUGCGAACGCGAAGCCAUGGCUCUCGGAUCUAGAGGUCUGGAAAUUCUUUGCCGACAUCACCACUGCUGUGGCGUACUUGCAUGCUCACGGCAUUCUCCAUCGUGAUCUCAAGCCCUCAAACUGUCUCUUGGAGUCAAGGUAUGACAUAACAGUGGUACCGCUGCAUGACUCCGUGCUUUUGGAGGCUGACUUCCAACGGGCCGUAUCCCUGCUCCCAAAAGUUCUCGUUUCUGACUUUGGUGAAGGCAAAUUCUUACAUAAGAAACGGCCCAACAGUUUAUUUGAAGCUGUAGAUGAAGAGAGACAAGGAAACACGGGCACAUUGGAGUUCACCGAUCCCAAACUCUGGAUCUUUGAUAAGACCAAUGACCUGGACGGGAAACCCAAAUUUGCGCACAAGUUUGAUUACGAUAGUGACAUAUACUCGCUUGGUAUGAUUUUGUGUUUCUUAUACGUCGGUGAGCUUCCAUUUUCAGAUCUUAUCACUGACUAUGGAAAUCCUGAAUCCGUGAGAGCAAACAUCGAAAGAUGGCAUAGAAAGCUUACUCCAGAGCUGUUCGACGCCUGGUUUGACAAGAAGACUCUCGCUUUGAAAGGGGAAGUCUCUUCCAUACUGGGCGAUUUCAAGAUGUUGGUUUAUCUGAUGAUAAAGGGCCAAGAAGGUACACCUAAACCAUCUCCAAAAAUCCGCUCAGGGGCCACCAUUGUCGAAAUGGGGAACCUCUCCAUACACAAAAGCACAAGCGAGCCCAACUCAAUCUCAAAACAUGAGACGGAUCUGGAUGAGUUGGAAGAUGAUGAGGUUGACGCAAUCGGAACAUUGAACUUACUAUUCUCGGAAAACGAAAGGAAACCACAGGAACAAAGAUACACUUCUGCUCUUUUCAAGAUAUCUACUCACAAACUAAGGUUGAUUCGAUGUACCUAUAUUAUAAACUUGGCUUUGCUCGAAUAUUUUGCACUUCAUAUCAACGCUUGGUGGAUUACUGCUUUAAAACUCGGCAAUGCGGUUUGUCUCGCCGGCGAAAGCUCUCUUCACGACGACUACCGCAUGCACCUUGUGGGUUUUUGGACUACUUUGACAGUUGCCGCGGUUAUAACCCUAUGA